CAUGGACACCCUUCUCUCAAGUUCUUCGUCUUUGGCGGUCCUGUCAUGUCUCCCACCGGUCCGCACAAUUACUUCCCCAUCUAAACUCCACUCCGCAAUGGCAAGCUUCGGUUUCGCUCUUUCCAUUAACGGCCUUCGAAGGAACCAGCAAUCGCUUACUUCCUCUACGAUUCCUAAAUUUUCGAUACGGUGCGGUGGAGGCAUUAAGGAAAUUAAAGAGAGCGAGUUCCUAAGCACGGUGCUGGAAUCCAACCGUCCGGUUCUCGUCGAGUUCGUUGCUACUUGGUGUGGACCUUGCCGCUUAAUCUCUCCCGCCAUGGAAUCCAUGGCUCAAGAAUAUGGAGAGAGACUAGAGGUAGUAAAAAUUGAUCAUGAUGCGAAUCCACAACUGAUUGAAGAGUACAAAGUUUACGGAUUGCCAACUUUGAUUCUGUUCAAGGAUGGGCAGGAAGUGGCAGAAAGCAGGAGAGAAGGUGCGAUUACAAAGCCCAAGCUUGAAGAGUAUCUUGAUGCUCUCUUGGAGACAAUUUCUGUUGCUUAA